UCUGGCGUUGAACGAUUUAGCCAUGAGCUUAUUUUUUGGCAUGUGAGGCUCUGACCAAAUGCUCCUUGCAUGAUUGACGUAAAAUUUACAUUAUAUAUUAACAUCCUGUUGGUCUCGUAAAUGAAUUCACGUCAGCUCUAAAUCUCCAACUCAAAACACAUACAGUCAAAGUUGGCCAGGAUUUUGAGCUAAGACUAUCAUAAAUGAGAACAUAAAGACUAGAUCUUGAUCAAGUAGGAGUUACAAGUAAUCAAUGGACAUAUAUUUUAGCAGAUCAAGCAUGUCUGGGCUGUAUGCUGAAGCCAGUGCUGUUCAAAUAGGCGUCACCGUGGCACUAUCUAUCCUAGUAGUGACGGACCUCAUAGGAAACACCCUGGUUAUACUGAUCAUUCUGACCAAUAAAUCCAUGAAAUCACCAAUGAACUACCUUCUCGUCAACCUUGCUGUGGCUGACAUGAUCGUAGGUGUGUUUCUAACGCCUCGAUUCGUGUUCAGCCAUUUCUUUAUCCAUCCUCAUGGACUUGCUGGAAGAUUAACAUGCAUGUUUCUAACGGCGGGAAAUAUUUCCUGGACGGGUGCUGCGUCAUCUAUCAUCUCUCUUCUGGCGAUAUCUUGUGAGAGAUUCACUGCUAUAAUGUAUCCUCACUCUACGAAGCUUAAACUAACGUUACCAAGGGUUAAGCGAAUAGUUAUUGGAAGCUGGAUGUUCGCUGUAGUGCUGAAUAUUCCCCUCUUUGUGACCGUGUAUUACGAUAAAUACAUCAACAUUUGCAUGGAAAAAUGGCCGAAACAACACAUGUGGCUUGCUAAAGCUUACAGCACGGUUUGGUUUAUUUUUGCUGGGGUUAUUCCAGUCGCCAUCAUGUUUGUUCUGUACAGCAGAGUCAUCUACUCUCUUUGGUUCAAGCAAAACCAAGAACAAGGUACACAACUAGCCGUGUUGAAGUCAAGAAAGAGAGUAACCAAGAUGGUGGUCAUUGUCAGCGUUGUAUAUGCAGUCUGCUGGUUGCCCGAAGAAACCGUCUACCUUCUUCACCACUACGACCAACCGUUCAACAAUAAUGACGUAAUCUAUAACAUUUGUGUCGUCCUGGCAACGUUCAACUCGGCCAUCAACCCAUUCAUCUAUACUCUACAGAGCGAGAAGUUCAGAAAUUGCUUAAUCAGGCUUGUUUGCUUGAGGAGAUUUCGAAGAAAUUCGGUUGGUGUGGAGAUGGAAUCGUUUGACACCGGCCCUAAAACAGGCAGUCGUAUUGAUCAGCACAACCAUGACCAGGGUACACAAGAACAAAUUACAACAUUAAAAGAAUAAAUCACAUCAGAAAAGGACUGAUAAAAUAGAGACGAAAAGACCACACCACACUGUACCACUGUACGUGGAUUUCAGCACGUUCCCCAAAAACCAUUAGCACAUGAAAUUACGAAACGAAAAUGACGGAGUUUUCUCCGCUAUUACAGCAGGCUUUCAUUACAUCUAUUAAUAACUAGCCACACCCCAAUCCUAUUGUGUGAUGCGGUUGUUAUCCUCAAUAAUGUCCCGGUACAGGUCUAUAUUUCAAAAAUCUAGACCUGUCCCGGGGACAUUCAUAUCAAAUCAAUAUGAAAUCCAAAUCCAUUGUUCCUAAAUAACGCAUCUAUGCAAUUAGAGUAUAAGAUUCUCGUUUACGGCAAACGUGAGACGUCAGUUGACCAUUUUUAUUUUUUAAUUAGUGAAAAGUAAACGCAAAAAUGUCCAAGUAGUGGAUAAACAAAAGAAUACUUGUCUUUGUCGAGAAGGUUUGCAAAAGGUAAAGUGAAAUGUAGGGAAACGAUGAAAACGUGGUCACGUUUGCCGUUUGCGGGAAGAAAAAACUGGAAUCCUAAUCUGCCUGUUAUCGUUGCGUCGACGUUGGUUAUUAAAUCCGAUCUGCGCCCUCGGCCUCGGCCUUUAUAGGAAUACCCUCGCCCUAUUGUUUGAUCCUUUACUUAUUUUUUUAACUGCAUGUAAUGCACACACCAAAUAAGUACCCACGGAUAUAUCGUCCAAACCUAAAGUGACCAUACUCCCUUGUGUCAACACGAACACCAGAAAUGGAAAGUGCACCUUGAUAAAGAGGUCGAGUUUCUUUCAGCUUAUUGAUAGAAAACAGGAGAAAUAGCAUUAAAUAUAAUAACUAAUAUUUCA